UCUCCCCCCAGUGACCUCCAGCACCAUGCCCCCCAGGAAGAGGACCAGGCCCGGCCUGGGCUUCCUCUGCUGCUUCGGCAGCACCGAGCCCCCGGAGAUCAACCUGAAGGACAGCGUGCCGCUCCAGCUGCUGGAGUUCAGCGCCCCCAUGCCCCCGGCCGACGAGCUCAACGCCCGCUUCUCCGAACUGGUGGACGAACUGGACCUGACGGACAAGAACAGGGAGGCCAUGUUUGCACUGCCAGUGGAGAAGAAAUGGCAAAUCUACUGCAGCAAGAAGAAGGAACAAGAGGACCCCAACAAGCUGGCCACCAGCUGGCCCGACUACUACAUCGACCGCAUCAACUCCAUGGCUGCCAUGCAGACCCUGUUUGCAUUCGAUGAGGAGGAGAUGGAGAUAAGGAACAAGGUGGUGGAGGAUUUGAAGACGGCCCUUCGCACUCAACCGAUGAGGUUCGUCACGCGCUUCAUCGAGCUGGACGGCCUCACCUGCCUGCUGAACUUCCUGCGCAGCAUGGACUACGAGACGUCGGAGAGCCGCGUGCACACCUCGGUGAUCGGCUGCAUCAAGGCGCUGAUGAACAACUCGCAGGGGCGCGCCCACGUGCUGGCGCACCCCCAGAGCAUCAACACCAUCUCCCAGAGCCUGCGCACGGCCAACAUCAAGACCAAGGUGGCGGUGCUGGAGAUCCUGGGCGCCGUGUGCCUGGUGCCCGACGGCCACAAGAAGGUGCUGCAGGCCAUGGCGCACUACCAGAAGUACGCCGCCGAGAGGACACGCUUCCAGACGCUGCUGAACGAGUUGGACAAGAGCACGGGUCGCUACAAGGACGAGGUGAACCUGAAGACGGCCAUCAUGUCCUUCAUCAACGCCGUGCUGAACGCCGGAGCGGGAGAGGACAACCUGGAGUUUCGUCUGCAUCUGCGGUACGAGUUCCUCAUGUUGGGCAUCCAGCCCGUCAUCGACAAGCUCCGGGGCCACGACAACGCCACCCUGGACAGACACUUGGACUUCUUUGAGAUGGUGCGUAACGAAGACGACUCUGAACUGGCCAAACGUUUCGAUCUGACCCACGUGGACACAAAGAGUGCGGGCGCCAUGUUUGAGCUGAUCAAGAAAAAGCUGAACCACACAGAGGCCUACCCAUACCUCAUCUCCAUACUCCAACACUGCCUGCAGAUGCCCUAUAAGCGAGGCGGAGGCAGCCUGCAGCACUGGCAGCUCCUGGACCGUAUCCUCCAGCAGAUCGUCUUACAGGACGACAAGGGAGAGGACCCCGACGCCGCGCCGCUGGAGAACUUCAGCGUCAAAAACAUCAUCCGCAUGCUGGUCAACGAGAAUGAGGUGAAGCAGUGGCGAGAGCAGGCGGAGAAAUUCAGGAAAGAUCACGCAGAGCUGAUGGCUAAACUGGAGCGCAAGGAGCGGGAGUGCGAGACCAAGACCUCGGAGAAGGAGGACAUGAUGAAGACCCUCAACAAGAUGAAGGACAAGCUGCAGCGCGAGGGCGAGGAGCUGCGCUCGGCCCGCGAGCACGUCCAGGACCUGUCGUCGCGGAUCCACGACUUUGCAGGAGGGAACGUGGCGUUCCCGGCCACUCCCGCCCCUCCCGGGGCCCCCGUGGCUCCGCCUCCGCCCCCCAUGAUGGGCGGCUUCCCUCCGCCGCCUCCUCCUCCUCUGCUCCCCUUCGGCUGCCCGCCUCCCCCGCCGCCACCUCCUCCCGGAGGACCGCCCCUGCCGCCCGGAGCCCCGCCUCUCUUUGGAGCCCCGCCCCCUCCGGCUCCGCCCUCCUUCGGCUUGACGAGCAGCCAGCGCUCCAAGUCCAUCCCCCAGCCCUCCCAUCCCCUCAAGUCCUUCAACUGGGCCAAGCUGGGAGAGAACAAGAUCACGGGUACCAUCUGGCACGACAUCGAUGACCUGCGGGCUUUCCAGAUCCUGGACCUCAAGGACAUUGAGAAGAUGUUCUCAGCGUACCAGAGACAGCAGGAGCUGCUCACUAACCAAUCCUUCAAACAAAAAGAAACGGGUUCGAUGGACGACCUGUACGUGAGCACGAGGAAGGUCAAAGAGCUGUCGGUCAUCGAUGGCCGUCGCGCACAGAACUGCGUCAUCCUGCUCUCAAAGUUAAAAAUGAGCAAUGAAGAGAUCAGGAGGGCCAUCCUGGAGAUGGACGAGAGGGAGGAGCUAGCCAAAGACAUGCUGGAGCAGUUGUUGAAGUUCAUCCCAGAGAAGAGUGACAUCGACCUGCUGGAGGAACACAAACACGAGCUGGAGCGCAUGGCCCGCGCCGACCGCUUCCUCUACGAGAUGAGCCGGAUUGACCACUACCAGCAGAGAAUGCAGGCGCUGUUCUUCAAAAAGAAGUUUGCGGAGAGACUGGCAGAAACCAAGCCCAAGGUUGAAGCCAUCCUCAGCGCCUCCAAGGAGGUGGUGCGGAGCCAGCGCCUCACCCAGGUCCUGGAGGUGGUGCUGGCCUUCGGCAACUUCAUGAACAAGGGCCAGCGCGGCAACGCCUACGGCUUCAAGGUGUCCAGCCUCAACAAGAUCGCCGACACCAAGUCCAGCAUAGACCGAAACAUCACCAUGCUGCACUACCUGAUCAUGAUCUUCGAGAAGAACUACCCCGACACGCUGCAAAUCCAGCAGGAACUGGGCAGUAUACAGGAGGCGGCCAAAGUCAAUAUGGCAGAGCUGGAGAAGGAGGUGCACAACAUCAAGACUGGACUGAGGGCUCUGGAGGCGGAGUUGCAGUACCAGCAGAGCAGGACGCAGGAGCGGGGCGACAAGUUUGUGGCCGUGAUCGGGGACUUCAUCACCGUUGCGGGCUUCAGCUUCUCUGAACUGGAGGACCAGCUGAGUGAGGCCAAGGACAAGUACAACAAGUCCCUGAAGCACUUUGGAGAGGAGGAGGGCCGCAUGCAGCCUGACGAGUUCUUCGGCAUCUUCGACACCUUCCUGCAGUCGUUUGGCGAGGCGCGGCUGGACCUGGAGAACAUGCAGCGGCGCAAGGACGAGGAGGAGAGGAGGGCACGCAUGGAGGCCAUGCUGAAGGAGCAGAGGGAGCGCGAGCGGCGGUCCAAGAAGGGCGGCGGCUCCGAGGAGGUGGGCGGGGAGUUUGACGACCUGGUGUCGGCGCUCCGCUCGGGCGAGGUCUUCGACAAAGACCUGAACAAGUUCAAGCGCAACCGCAAACGCUCGGUCAACAGCCUGGCGGAGGGCGCCGGGCGGGAGCGGCCCGUGGCCAAGGUCACCUACUAACUAGACCGGGGUCCUGACACACACCUGGCUCCAAAUGGACGGCGCGAGUCGGCCGCGGCUUGGCGGUCCGGCAGGCGCGCGCACUCACGCAGCUACACCUUGCUUAUUACUUAUUAGUAUUACGUUAAGUCUGGCUCCUCCAGGCCAUCGAUGAAGUUUGAAGAGGACCUAUGUUGAAAAACACGGGCUGCACUCGGGCCCGUGUUGCGGUGUGGGGGUGUGUGUGUGUGUGUGUGUGUGUGUGUGUGUGUGUGUGUGUGGGCGUGUCUUGCCAUGGCGAUUGAAGGACGUCAAACUCCGAACUCGAGUUGAGCGUCUCUCCCACACCGUACUUCCACCUGAACUCCCCUCUGAGAUACAUUAAGGUGGACCACUGUGAUGACGUUAGCCCCCCCCCCCCCCCCUCCAUGUGUUCUGCGUUUGCCAUGACCACACUAUGCCCCACACCACCACCACCUUAACGGAAUUUGACCUUAUGUCUCCGUGCUCUCCUGGCAACUACCCACUAGUCCCACAGUGAGACAUCAGCAGUAGAUCUGCCUGCCCCCUUAUAGGGGACCCCCUGUUCGUCGCUAGAAACACACAGGAAGUCGGGCACCCGCCGCCAAAAGUCGAGACGAGCUUGCGUCGGACGGGACGAGCUUGCGUCGGACGGGACGAGCUUGCGUCGGACGGGACGAGCUCGGAUCGGACGGGACAAGCUCGGACAGGACGAGCUCGGAUCGGACGAGCCAGACGGCCGCUCCCGCUUCGUUGCAGAACUGUCUAAUCGGGACAUUUCGGUGUGGUACAACGUCCUGUUGAUGUUAAUUUUUGUUUGCCAACGUUUGCUUCGUCCUCUGUCCCAUGCCAUGUCACCCUUUGACCGAAGGUUCCUAGACACCAACCGCUAGUCCACUGGAACCUCAACGGCCAGCAAUGAGACAAAUGAUGGCAAAUCUUCACCAUUACAGAUGUAUGUAUGUGUGUGAGCUGCUCUUAUAGCGGGAGUGUGUGAGCAAAAUACAUGGGGCAGAUUUGGGGAUAUUGGUUGUCCUACCUGAGAGGGUGCUCCAGCACACAGCAUUCCCAGUUAGGGGGAGUAAGGAAGGAAUGACGGACGGACGGACAGUCGGAAAGAUGGACAGUUGAGGACGAGGAAGCUUUUUUUCUUCUGGCAGACGGCUCCUGAGGACAUGGCACGGAAAACCUAUUUUCAGCGUGUGCUGGGUUCACUGUGUAAAGAGGGCAGGGGCCAGGCCUCUGUUGGGGUAUUUCUGCAAUUGUUACCAGAAGAGAAAUAUUGCGUUGGCAUUACCGAGUGCCAAAGAGUGGAAAAUUGUAUAUGUACUAUUAAUGCAAGAUAUACUGCAAUUAGGAGUAUAUAUAUUUAGAUUCAGACAAGCUAAUUGCAAAGAUGUCGUUUUUUUAUGUUUUCAUUGCAUUAUUUGGUCUUUGUAUACACAUUUGAGGUUAUGUCUUCACAUUGCAAAACGGACUGCUAUUGAAAUGUCCUUACCUUUUGUACUUUUUUUGUUACUUACAAUUCUUAGGACAUCUGCUUUUCCUUUCCCCACAUUUGCACUUUCCUUUCCAAGGGAGAAUUGUGCCCUUUAGUACCAACUACAUCUUAACCACACUAUGCUCUUCUUUAAAACACACUUUGAAGUUCUGCAUGGGGGGGAGGGGGGAUACAUAUUAGCCUGUUUGUGUUGAAAUCAUGUUGAAUGUCAGUUCAAAUAUUAAUAAGCACAGGAUGAACACGAACGAUGCAAAGAGAAACAUUUGUUUAUCCAAAUAGUAAAAGGAUUGAAAUUAUGGACAGGCUUGUGUUGACGUUGCCAAAAUCAGACCUUGGACACAAGCUGUCUCUGAAAAGAUUGACCGUGUCUGAUGAUGGAUUGGAUGAAAAUACUGGUGUUUUGAGAGAUUUGUACUAAAACCCUGAGCAAAACCAUGAGAAUGCUCUGGCGGGCCUGUACCUGGGUUCAAACACAAUGCGCCUGGAGAGAAAAUGAUCUGAACUUCCUGUUUACAUUUGACACCCUUCACCAAGUCUGUAGACGAGAUGGAAGCCCUCUGUAGCCUAGGUCCACUUGUAUUCGAAGGCAGUUUGAAAUUUAUAUUUUCUGGGCUACAAGUAAGUCGACUGAAGGGAGAUGCAAGGCCAAAUGUAUGUUUGUUGCUAUUUAAUGGAAAGGUCUGGAUUGUGUUUGCUUUUGGUACAUAGUCGUGUGUGUGUGUGUGUGUGUGUGUGUGUGUGUGUGUGUGUGUGUGUGUGUGUGUGUGUGUGUGUGUGUGUGUGUGUGUGUGUGUGUGUGUGUGUGUGUGUGUGUGUGUGUGCAAGAUGUCUAUGCAAACAUAGUUGUGUUAGACGAGCAAAUGAAAAAUAACUCUCAAAAUCCUGUUUUAGGCUAAGACAAAUCAAGGAACUUAAAGAACACUCCCGUUACAAGGGGUGAUCAAAUAAACCUGUUUCUCCGCAUUAAUUUACACUGUCGUUAAAUGCACCCUAUUAUUUUGUCAAUUUAAUCGUUGAUUUGAUUCUCAAUAGCUAAAAUGCUGGAAACACAAAUAGGUCUCGAAGGAUAGCACUUGAAUCCUAAGCCACUUGACACAGUGUAAAAAGACCCAAGGGAGCCAACCUAAUAAGUCUAUUAAAACACAAGAUGGCCAACCUAAGACUUCAAUAAAAAGAACACAAGGUAGCCAACCUAAGACGUCUAUUAAAAUACAAGGUAGCCAACCUAAGACGUCUAUUAGAACACAAGGUAGCCAACCUAGGAUUUCUAAUAAAAACACAAGGCUAAUGGCCUCAAACCCCUCUAAUGUGUGUUUUUCAUCUUUUAUGCCAUAGAAUAUUAAUAAGACAAAACCAGGUCAAUUUCGCAAAGUUAUUGCCUCAUUUCUCUGGUAAACAUAAAGAGGCCCUCUUCGGUUCAAAAGCUUUCAUCUGAGAUCUAAAAAAUAAGUAAGCGUGUGUGGCGCCGGUGUCUCCCCCUUUGCUACAGUUAAUGAAACCAAAAGUAACUCCCAGAUAUUGACUUCAGUUCUCAGAUUAUUAGAAUGUUCCUCAAACAGAGCUUUAACCCAUAUUGUACAUGAGACCAUUUACCGACGGGAAUGGCAACUUGGUCAGUAUUAAUCAUAUUGUUACCUGUUUUAGAGUGAGGAUGUGUUGACUGGCUUAGGAGUUUAAAAUAUAGCAAAAAAAAAAAGAACUUGAUUCAAUACAGUUUUUUUCAGAAUGGUACACUUCCAUUCACGACGAUCAUUUCAUAAUCUUAUCUUCCACCCUUCCUUACAAGAAAAAAUAGAUCUAAAGAAAAAUUGUGUAUGUACAGAAUAUGUUUAUGAUCUAAUGGUAAUUGAUGAGGUGCAGGUGCACUAUGGAGGGAUGGUAACUUAUGGGUUGUACAAUGGAGUGAUGACAGAAUAAUGGGGUGCAUCCCAGAAAGACAAAAAAGACGAGGUGCUAGUGGGUUUGGAUGUGUGGCGCUUUAGUCAACACAUUGACAUAAGCGACCAGUGGAUAUGUAGGCCAAACGAAAAAAUCUCCUCCAUAUAUGCUAGAGCUUUACAAGAGUGCAUUAGCAUUGUUUUCCAAUCCUAUGGAUUUUUCACCUCCCAGUAUGUGUAAAAUAACAAGGGGGAGAUGACCCCACCAUAAUGCAGUUCCUUAAUUCGCCACUGGGCGUCAGCCUGCAUGCCUCAAACAAGGUGCACCGAGUGGGACCCUUUGACUUCUUAAGACCCUUUUAGUAUGAAAUCGCUUGCAACACUUUUGACUCCACAAUUUGUACUAGCUCCCGAAAGAAAGUAUUUUGCACCCACUUUUUGAAGAUGUAUAAGUGUGGGGAUCUCUAUAUUUUUUUCAUGGUUACAAAGAAGAUUUGAAAACCUCCACCGAAGGAUAUAGUUCUAACAAUGUGCACAUCAUUCUCGAUGUUUGGUUGAGGAAUGUUACGUUUUUGUGUAAAUUGUACCUUAUUUAUUUGCCUUAUUAAGUUUGCUACAUGUUGUAUGUAUACACAGCAUUACAAAUACAAUAAAAUGUUAAUUAAAAAAUGACGAUAUAUGAUUAUACAGUGGUCCAUGUAUAUUGAAUAGCUUUCAGACUUACAAGAAUGAGAAUGUCUUUCCCUUAUUUCAUUUCUAUGAUUUUAUUUAGUUUUCUAUUUUCUUUGCCAUCCCUGUGUCUUUUUGUAGGGUUACAAUAAACCUUUGUUCCUAACAUGGAGGUUCUUCUUUAUUUUAGUUGGGUGCAUUACUACGAAAUGUCCAACAGGGGUCAGAGUUGCAACUAAUUCUGCCUGGUGGAUGCAUUGUUAAACUGCCCAGCAGGAGUCAGAAUAGGAUAUGUAUUUAAUUUCAGAUGAGUCUCAUAAAUUAACAUAUUGUGGAAAAGUUCAUUGCAAUAAUUAUUCAAAGAGUGAAACUCAUUUUAUAUAGAUGCAUUACACCCAAAGUGAAAUAUUUCAAGCCUUUAUUUUUUAUUAAUCUAUAUCAUUAUGGCUUCCAGCUCAUGAAAACCCAACAUUUAGUAUCUCAGAAAAGUUGAAUAUUGUGAAAGAAAAUAAAUUAAUAAAAAGCUCUAAUCAGCUAAUUACCUCAAAAUACCUGCAAAGGUUUACUAAGCCUUUUAAUGGUCUCUACAUCUGGUUCAAUAGGCUACACAUUCAUGGGGAAGACUGCUGACCUGACAGUUUAGCAGAAGACAGUCAUGGACACCCUCCACAAGGAGGAUAAAGGGCCUCUACGAAUUCUGUUUUGUGCUUUUUGUGCGAGAUGACCCAGAAAUACUUUGAAUUUGAAUACUUUGGAAAUUGUUCAAAUUCUUAAAGUGCUUAUGGAAAAGGUGCCUGGAUGCAGCCUUUAACCCAUCUUUAGCAUAGGUUACUGCUGUCCAACCUUUAAAAAAGGAAAGGAGAUGUUUGUAACCCAUAAUCCUUUACGGCGGUAAUAUUUAAAAGGACAGGCCACCGACAAAGUUUACAGACUCUACGCGAAGACGCAUGAGAGACCCAUGAUUGUUGCCAUUUUUUGGUUUGGCCAUGUUUGAUUUAUUUAUUAAUAUGCAAGAUGGCUUUGGCUUAGCCAUUUGAGUUAAUUGUUUGUUUUAUCUGUUUUCAUUUAGUAAAAACAUUCUCCAUUUGACAUGCUGGGGAUGCCGUAUUUGGGUUGAUGAAGCGCACCUGUGUUUCAUCAUAUUUAGGAGAGGAGCCACAGGUGAAUAGGUAGAUGGAAAGCGGUACAGUUUUUUAACCGCCCAGUGACAGCCCCUUUGUUCCAUAUGUUGGAAAAAGAUUUUGUUGAUCCUUCAUGUUUUCUUUUUUCAGUUAAAUAAAUACCGUAAAGCUCACGGAGGAUCCCAGAUUUUUUAUUUUUGGAAUCAAAAGGAGCGAGGGUGUCUAAAAAGCCAAAAUCACGAAAGACAAUGAAUUUUUUGAUUAACCGCAAAAUAAGUCACAACAUUUAGUUAAAAAACAGCAUUGUGGA